GGUGUGCGCGGCGCCGGAGCUCGGCUGCAGGAGCUCGGGCUGCGGGGCGGCGGGCCCAGCGGCGGAGGGAGCGGCGGGCGGCGGCGCGGGGAGCGGGAGUCGGCGGGAGCGGGCGCCGGCGGCAGCGGGCGCGGGAACCGGCGGGAGCCGGCGGCGGGGGCUGGGCGGGAGCGGAGCCGGGCGCGCGGCGCUGGCGGCGGCCAUGGCGGUGGCGGCGGCGCUGGCCCGCGGGGCGCGCGGCGGGAGGGGCCGGCCCCCGGGCGGCGGGCGGGCGGAGGGGGCGGGGCCGGGGCGGCGGGCGGCCCGCGCGGCGGUGGUGGCGGCGGCGGCGGCUGGGCCGAGGCGGCGGCGGCGGAGGAGGCGGCGGCGCGGGGCGCUGGGGCUGAUGGCGGCGGCGGGGCCCGGGGCGGCCCUGUCCCCGCGGCCGUGCGACAGCGACCCGGCCACGCCUGGAGCGCAGUCCCCGAAGGAUGACAAUGAAGAUAAUUCAAAUGACGGGACCCAGCCAUGCAAAAGGAGGCGGAUGGGCUCCGGAGACAGCUCCCGGAGCUGCGAGACCUCCAGCCAGGACCUCAGCUUUAGCUACUACCCAGCAGAAAACUUGAUCGAGUACAAAUGGCCGCCCGAUGAGACGGGGGAGUACUGCAUGCUUCAGGAGCAGGUCAGCGAGUACCUGGGGGUGACCUCCUUCAAACGGAAGUACCCAGAGCGACGAGAUUUGUCUCAUAAGGAGAAACUCUACCUGCGAGAGCUAAACGUCAUCACGGAGACGCAGUGCACCCUAGGUUUAACUGCAUUACGCAGUGAUGAAGUGAUUGAUUUAAUGAUUAAAGAAUAUCCAGCAAAACAUGCUGAGUAUUCAGUUAUUCUGCAAGAGAAAGAACGCCAGCGCAUCACGGACCACUACAAAGAGUACUCGCAAAUGCAGCAGCAGAAUACGCAGAAAGUGGAAGCCAGCAAAGUGCCCGAGUAUAUCAAGAAAGCCGCCAAGAAAGCCGCGGAGUUCAACAGCAGCCUGAACCGGGAGCGCAUGGAGGAGAGGAGGGCCUACUUCGACUUACAGACACACGUCAUCCAGGUGCCUCAAGGGAAGUACAAGGUGUUACCAACAGAGCGGACCAAGGUCAGCUCCUACCCGGUGGCCCUCAUCCCCGGACAGUUCCAGGAAUAUUACAAAAGGUACUCGCCGGAUGAGCUGCGCUACUUGCCACUGAACACGGCUCUGUACGAGCCGCCGCUGGACCCGGAGCUGCCGGCGCUCGACAGCGACGGCGACUCGGACGAUGCCGAGGACGGGCGCGGGGACGAGAAGAGGAGGAACAAGGGCACUUCGGACAGCUCCUCCGGCAACGUGUCCGAGGGCGAAGGCCUUCCCGACAGCCAGGAGGAGCCCCUCCCGGGGAGACCGCGGCCCAAGGACAAAGCGGCCACACCGAGGAAGGACGCUGCCAAGCGCUCGGUGCUGCCCAAGUCCGCCCCCGGGUACAAGCCAAAGGCCAUUCCCAAUGCUCUAUGUGGAAUUUGUCUGAAGGGUAAGGAGUCCAACAAGAAAGGGAAGGCUGAACCUCUUAUACACUGCUCCCAGUGUGAGAACAGCGGCCAUCCUUCUUGCCUGGAUAUGACCAUGGAGCUUGUUUCUAUGAUUAAGACCUACCCAUGGCAGUGCAUGGAAUGUAAAACUUGCAUUAUAUGUGGACAGCCCCACCAUGAAGAGGAAAUGAUGUUCUGUGAUGUGUGUGACAGAGGCUACCACACGUUUUGUGUGGGCCUCAGUGCUAUCCCAUCAGGUCGCUGGAUUUGUGACUGUUGUCAGCGAGCUCCCCCAACACCCAGGAAAGUGGGCAGAAGGGGGAAAAACAGCAAAGAGGGAUAACAUAGUUUCUUGACCCCAAUACUGUAAUAUGCAUUUAAGUGAAUUAUUUGGUGCCAACUUAUUUCCAGUUCUCAUUUUUAUGCCAAUAAAAGAUUUUUGAAAUGAA